AUGAACAACACCACUACCCCUUCGCCUAGUCCCGGCCCUGCGGCGAAGAGUUACACCAGUCCCAAGCCCAAUCCCCCGGCAACAGCAGGUACAAAGAGAAAGCGAAACGCAGCGGGGAAAUUUUAUGCUGUCAAGGCGGGCUAUCAGCCUGGCAUCUACUACGAGUGGAAUGACUGCUUGACUCAAGUGACGGGAUACAAAGGGGCGGUCUUCCAAGCCUUCCCAACCUACGAGGAAGCAAAUGCUUUCCUUACAGGGACGCAGCUUCCAGCUGCCCGUGGUGCCACUCCUUCGAGUUCGGAGCCAACAAGGUUCUACGGCAUCCAGCGAGGACGUGUCCCCGGUGUAUACACAGAUUGGGCCAAGGCGCAGGAACAGAUUAAAGGGUUUGCACGUCCGCGUUACAAGAAAUUCUCCACGCGAGAAGAGGCCGAGGAGUUCGUCAGAAUGGAGCAGGGAGCGGGAGCGGGAGCUACCUUUGCCGGAGGUACUACUACAUCGCGGACAUUACCCGGAGCACCAGGUUUUACGGACGAGAUACCAAAGGACGAGCAGGGAAACACCUUGGAACCGGGCACUGGUCCAUUACCGCCAGGUGCAGAGGAUGGAUUUGAUCCCAAUGUGCUUUUGGACCCAGCCACAGGAAAGGUGGUUUACAAAACCAAUGAGCAGAAAUCUGCAACCAAGACGAGGCCGAUUGGUCCUCCAGGGAUGUUGCGCAUCUACACAGACGGCAGUGCACUGAAGAACGGCAGGGACACGGCAGCGGCAGGCGUCGGUGUCUUCUUUGGGCCCGGUGAUACAAGGUUUGUCCUCAGCAUUCUCUAUAUCCCUGCGCUAAACUGCAAUGACCUGGGAGUUCCAUUGACACGCCUUCUUCCCAGCAGAAACGUCUCGGAGCCAUUAAGAGGCAACCGGCAGACUAAUCAGCGUGCGGAACUUACUGCAAUUCUUCGAGCUCUGGACAUCGCUCCUCGGCAUCGAGACGUCACCAUCUUCACAGAUAGUCGUUAUGCGAUAGACUGUGUGACUGUAUGGUUCGUCAAGUGGCGGAAGAAUAACUGGUUGACUGCAGACCAGAAGCCAGUCGAGAAUAAAGAUUUGAUCGAGUCGAUUUUGGUCAAGAUUGAGGAACGCAAUGAGCUCAAAGUGAAGACUCUGUUUGAAUGGGUCAAGGGACAUAACCGCGAUCCGGGGAACGAAGCUGCUGACCGUCUUGCAGUUAGUGGCGCUCGAAGGGGAGUUUCGGAGAAAGCAGCAGCUCUGGAAGCAGCGAGCGAUAUCCCGGAUGAGGUUCUUGACGAAGAUUUUUAA